AUGAUUGCCGACGUUGAAACAAUUAACAUUGCCAAUCGCAUAGAUGCUCAAGGAUAUCUUUUCGAUAAUGAAAAGAAAAACUCGUUAUCACCUAACGAUGAAUCAAAUUCUAUACAACCACCAGACACAACCAAUGAUUCUAAUGAGAAGCACAAAGAGCCGUCGUGUUGGAAGAAGUUUCUUCCACCAAUGAAUUCAUCGGAAAUAAUACUUUUAGGUGUGGCAUUAUUUGUAUUUGUAGCGGUUACCAUCGUCGUUUCAGCCGUCUAUUUUACAUGGAGAAAAACGGGGUCAACUACAUCUUCAACAUCAGUUGUCAGUUCAGGAGCUUACGUCUUUAAUCAAUGUACCGAAAAAUAUCAGCCGCUGACAACAUUGCUCUUUAUUACAAAUCAAGACAUUUUUGAUUACCGACAAUAUAGUUUUAUAUAUCAAGCAAGUGUCAUUUCGGCAAAAAUUAAUAUUUUAUUUGGUUUUCAACAUCAAUCAGAUUUCUGGGGAUUGGAUGAUGUUGUCGUCACAGAUAUGUACACAAAUGAUGGGGUCGCAUUGAAUUCAGAUGGUUCUUUUGAAUUAAAUAACUUGACUAAAUCAUACACCCAAUGUAAUCUAAAUAGCGGAACAGUUUUAGCUCAGAUUCUUGGUGAUUUUCCGCAUUUAGGAGAUUGUUACUAUAGUGAUGGAUCACCAGAUGGUAUGAUCUAUUUGAUUCAAACAUUUCCAAUUGUCGGUGGUCGAAACUAUAACGUAAGCUUUUGGCUACAAAAUAAUGGUGCCCAGCCGAACCUGGCCGUUGCUUUCAUCAGUUCUCAAGCUAUUUACUAG